CACAUGUCGUGGCCUGUAAAAUAAAUAAAUAAAAACAUGAGUGAAAUAGGAAAUAUUUGGGGUGGAUGUGAGGCCUGAAACACAGGCCCAAGUCCAACAACAGGAAAUUAUGGUCGCACCAGACCCAACACCGAGAGGGAUAUUAGUAUUGAAAAAAAUACAAGGCCAGAAAGUAAGAUAUUGUAGAUAGAAUGAAUGAGCGGAACCAAACUAUAGUAGCUGUUCCAGACCAGAUAGCAGAUACUGUUGCGAGGGCUUGUCCAUGGCUCCAAUGGCAGCCACAAUAAAACCAUUAUUUCCAUUUUCACUUUCAUUGAAACAAACAAUUUCUCCAUGGAUUUCGUUAAAACCCAUGUUGGAUUCUGUGCCUAUUCUGCCUAUUUCACACUUCAGUGGACAAAGAAGAGCACAAGUUGCAGUCUCUGUCGCAUUCAAUCCUUCAGGGAACUUCGACCUCCCUCUGCUUGAUGAAGAUGAUGAAACUAAGGUUGAACCUCCAAUGCCUCCAAGGGAAGGCCGAUUUGAUGUUGUUAUAGAUAAUGACAUAAUCAGUCGCCUUGACUUGUCACCAUUUCAAUCUGCAACUGGAAUUACUUCACCUUCAUCAGCGGAGCCAAAAGAGUACCUGCAGCGUACAAUUGGGUUUAUGAUUAACUACACAAGAGAAGAUCCGCGUGAUCCUCGAGAACUAUCUGAAUUUCCAGAUAUAAGACUAUGGUUUGUGAGACUUGAUGCUACCUAUCCAUGGCUGCCCGUGUUGUUGGACUGGCGAGCCGGGGAGCUUGCUCGUUAUGCAGCAAUGUUGGUUCCUCACCAGAUGAAUAUGAAGAUGGGUGUUGUCUUUAAUCCCGAGGCACUGGAGUUGUUUGUGAUGAAGAAAGUGUUCAUUGUGUACUCAUGGUUGAAAGAACAUGAUAUACCAAAGCCUAGAUUGAAGACAAAAGAUAUGGCUAGAAUGCUUGGAUUUGGAAUAGGAGAUGAGCUUUUUGACUUAAUUGACAAGGAAACCUGAAACCCCGACAUUAGAUUCGAUAUUCAAGUUGAAAUGAGCUGCAAUGCAAUGCAGUUCCAACUAAGUAGAAGUGAAGGUUAAUCACAUGCAACUACAAAGUGCAGCAUUUCUAGCUCUCAGAUUUAACAAAUUACUAGCAUGCAGUUCCUCUGAAAGGAGGCACUCCUUCUCUCGAAGUUACGGAGUUAUUUUGCCGAGUUCAUUAGAGAGGGGCGCAAGGUGAAGAAGCAAAUCAAAAUAUUUCACAGAUGAUGUGAUUGUUACUCAUGUAAUCUUGUGCUAUUAAGUAUUAACACAUACUAUGUAUAUGCUUCACAAGUAAUUAUUAAUUAAUGUACU